GAGUCCAUGUAAAAAGAAAAUAUCAAAAUGCAUCAUCAACACACAGCCAAUUGAUACUUGGCAUCUUAGCUUGGCCUUGCAGAGAACAAAGAAAGGGGAGCUAUUGUGAUGCUCACAUCUUAACACCUUCUGGGUUUGAGUCCUACUGUUGAGGAGGUUUCAAAGCAGUCAAAUCCAGCCUGGAAGGCCACUCACAAGAUUUCAAUGUCAGCUGCUGUGGUGCUGGAAGUCCAUGCAGCAAGCCUUUGAAGCUACUUUGGGGUUAAUAAGUGGUGUCCUCAAGAGGCAAGGAAGCCCUCCCUCCAUUCUGUUCUAUUGGAGACGUUGUGUCUGGAGGAGAAACACCCGAGGCAUUCAGAGCGUCUGAGGAUACUGAUCAAUGCAGGCGUCUUGUGAUUCCCUGAGAAGAGCUUCUGCUUCCGACUUCCCCUGAUGCUUUCCCUUUAGCUGGUACCACUGGUGGCGCCUGGCAGAUGAGGCUGUUUAACAAGUGAGGCAUCUGUUUGCCCCACGGAUGCCCUUCAACUAGUUCAUCGGACUCAAAUGGAUCAGUAAUGUCCUUGAUCUCCUGCUGACACCUUGACUGGCACGGUGCCCCACGGGUGUAUCUUCCCUUUGGCCUGGAAGUUCCAGGGCUGCUCUGGACCACUGGGCUCACCCUUUUCUAGUUGGAAGGGGGCUGUCAGGGAGAAGGAGGGUUGCUGGACAAGAAGAAAAAAAAUCUAGACCAAGGAGGGCGCCUCGUCCCACUCGGUGACGGCGCUUCCCCUCCUGUGACCGCCUAUUUCUUCACCACGGUGUCCAGGACCAUUUUGACCCUGUCGGCCCCGGCCUGCCCGCGCCGCACCCCAGCCCCGAGCAUGGGGACGGCGCUUCUCCAGCGUGGGGGCUGCUUUCUGCUAUGCCUCUCGCUGCUGCUGCUCGGCUGCUGGGCCGAACUGGGCAGCGGCCUGGAGUUCCCAGGGGCCGAGGGUCAGUGGACGCGCUUCCCCAAGUGGAACGCCUGCUGUGAGAGCGAGAUGAGCUUCCAGCUCAAGACUCGUAGCGCCCGCGGCCUGGUGCUCUACUUCGACGACGAGGGCUUCUGCGACUUCCUUGAGCUCAUCCUGACGCGAGGCGGCCGCCUACAACUCAGCUUCUCCAUCUUUUGCGCGGAGCCCGCCACACUGCUGACCGACACUCCGGUCAACGAUGGCGCCUGGCACAGCGUGCGCAUCCGCCGCCAGUUCCGCAACACGACCCUCUUCAUCGACCAGGUGGAGGCCAAGUGGGUGGAGGUCAAAUCCAAACGCCGGGACAUGACGGUGUUCAGCGGCCUCUUCGUCGGGGGGCUGCCCCCGGAACUGCGCGCUGCGGCGCUCAAGCUCACCCUGGCCUCGGUGAGGGAGCGGGAGCCCUUUAAAGGGUGGAUCCGUGACGUCAGGGUCAACUCCUCGCAGGUCGCGCCCUUGGACAGCGGCGAGGUGAGGCUGGACGACGAACCGCCCAGUAGCGGCGGCGGGAGCCCGUGUGAGGCGGGCGAGGAGGGCGAGGGCGGCGUGUGCCUCAACGGAGGCGUGUGCUCCGUGGUGGAUGACCAGGCAGUGUGUGACUGCUCACGGACCGGCUUCCGAGGCAAGGACUGCAGCCAAGAAGACAACAAUGUGGAAGGUCUGGCGCACCUGAUGAUGGGCGACCAAGGUAAAGAAGAAUACAUUGCCACUUUCAAAGGAUCUGAAUACUUCUGCUACGACUUGUCUCAGAACCCGAUUCAAAGCAGCAGUGAUGAAAUAACUCUGUCCUUUAAGACGCUUCAGCGGAAUGGACUGAUGCUUCACACCGGGAAAUCAGCCGAUUAUGUCAAUCUUGCACUGAAAAAUGGAGCUGUCUCUCUGGUCAUUAAUUUGGGAUCAGGGGCCUUUGAAGCACUAGUGGAACCCGUGAAUGGAAAGUUUAAUGAUAAUGCCUGGCAUGAUGUGAAAGUCACCAGGAAUCUGCGUCAGGUGACAAUAUCAGUGGAUGGGAUUCUUACCACAACCGGCUACACGCAAGAAGAUUAUACCAUGCUGGGGUCUGAUGACUUUUUCUAUGUUGGAGGCAGUCCCAGCACAGCCGACCUACCAGGGUCACCAGUCAGUAACAACUUUAUGGGCUGUCUCAAAGAGGUUGUAUAUAAAAAUAAUGAUGUACGGCUGGAAUUGUCUCGACUUGCCAAACAAGGAGAUCCUAAGAUGAAGAUCCAUGGAGUGGUGGCAUUUAAAUGUGAGAAUGUUGCUACUUUAGAUCCAAUCACCUUUGAAACCCCAGAGUCUUUCAUCUCUUUGCCUAAAUGGAAUGCAAAGAAAACAGGUUCCAUAUCAUUUGAUUUUCGCACAACAGAGCCAAAUGGUCUCAUCCUGUUUAGUCAUGGCAAGCCGAGACAUCAGAAAGAUGCCAAGCACCCACAGAUGAUAAAAGUUGACUUUUUUGCUAUCGAGAUGCUGGAUGGUCACCUCUACCUCCUCCUGGACAUGGGGUCAGGUACAAUAAAAAUAAAAGCCCUGCAGAAGAAAGUGAAUGAUGGAGAAUGGUACCAUGUAGACUUCCAGAGAGAUGGACGAUCAGGUACCAUUUCUGUCAACACUCUGCGCACACCCUACACUGCCCCUGGCGAGAGUGAGAUUCUGGACCUGGAUGAUGAGCUGUACCUGGGGGGCUUGCCAGAGAACAAGGCUGGCCUUGUCUUCCCCACUGAAGUAUGGACUGCUCUGCUCAAUUACGGCUACGUGGGCUGCAUCAGAGAUUUGUUCAUCGAUGGCCAGAGCAAGGAUAUCCGACAAAUGGCUGAAGUUCAAAGUACUGCUGGAGUGAAGCCUUCCUGCUCGAGGGAAACAGCAAAACCGUGCCUUAGCAACCCUUGCAAAAAUAACGGCAUGUGCAGGGAUGGGUGGAACAGAUAUGUCUGUGAUUGUUCCGGAACAGGUUAUCUGGGCAGAUCCUGUGAGAGAGAGGCAACAGUCUUGAGCUAUGAUGGGAGCAUGUUCAUGAAGAUCCAGCUCCCAGUGGUGAUGCACACAGAGGCGGAGGACGUAUCCUUGAGGUUCCGGUCUCAGCGUGCCUACGGCAUCCUGAUGGCGACCACUUCUAGAGACUCGGCCGACACUCUGCGCCUGGAGCUGGAUGCAGGCCGCGUGAAACUGACGGUCAAUCUAGAUUGUAUCAGGAUUAACUGUAAUUCCAGCAAAGGUCCUGAGACCCUGUUUGCCGGCUAUAACCUCAAUGACAAUGAAUGGCACACAGUGCGAGUGGUCCGUCGAGGAAAAAGUUUGAAGUUAACAGUGGAUGACGCACAGGCCAUGACAGGUCAAAUGGCAGGUGACCAUACAAGACUGGAGUUCCAUAACAUAGAGACUGGGAUCAUCACAGAACGAAGAUAUCUUUCUUCUGUCCCCUCCAACUUCAUUGGACACCUGCAGAGCCUGACAUUUAAUGGGAUGGCAUACAUCGACCUGUGUAAAAACGGUGAUAUAGAUUAUUGUGAGCUCAAUGCCAGAUUUGGCUUCAGGAACAUCAUAGCAGACCCUGUCACCUUCAAGACCAAAUCAAGCUAUGUUGCCUUAGCUACAUUGCAAGCCUACACUUCUAUGCAUCUUUUUUUCCAGUUCAAGACAACAUCCCUAGAUGGACUAAUUCUGUAUAACAGUGGGGAUGGCAAUGACUUUAUUGUGGUUGAAUUAGUUAAAGGGUACUUGCAUUAUGUGUUUGACCUGGGAAAUGGUGCUAACCUCAUCAAAGGGAGCUCAAAUAAACCCCUCAAUGACAAUCAAUGGCACAAUGUGAUGAUAUCGCGGGACACCAACAAUCUCCACACUGUCAAGAUCGAUACAAAAAUCACAACGCAGAUCACCGCGGGGGCCAGGAAUUUAGACCUCAAGAGUGACUUGUACAUAGGAGGAGUGGCUAAGGAAACAUACAAAUCCUUGCCCAAACUCGUUCAUGCCAAGGAAGGCUUUCAAGGCUGCCUGGCCUCAGUUGACUUAAAUGGACGGCUUCCAGACCUCAUUUCAGACGCUAUCCUCUGCAAUGGACAAAUUGAGAGAGGAUGUGAAGGGCCAAGCACAACCUGCCAAGAGGACUCAUGUUCCAAUCAGGGUGUGUGCUUACAGCAAUGGGAUGGUUUCAGCUGUGACUGCAGCAUGACGUCCUUCAGCGGGCCUCUCUGCAAUGACCCUGGGACAACGUAUAUCUUUAGCAAAGGUGGUGGACAAAUCACUUAUAAGUGGCCUCCUAAUGACAGACCCAGUACACGAGCAGACCGACUUGCCAUUGGUUUUAGCACUGUUCAGAAAGAAGCUGUAUUGGUUCGAGUGGACAGUUCUUCAGGCCUGGGUGACUACCUAGAACUGCAUAUACACCAAGGAAAAAUUGGAGUUAAGUUUAAUGUUGGGACAGAUGACAUCGCCAUUGAAGAGUCUAAUGCAAUCAUUAAUGAUGGGAAAUACCAUGUGGUCCGUUUCACAAGGAGUGGUGGCAAUGCCACGUUACAGGUGGACAGCUGGCCAGUGAUUGAGCGCUAUCCUGCAGGAAACAAUGAUAACGAGCGCCUGGCGAUUGCUAGACAGCGAAUUCCAUAUCGACUUGGUCGAGUAGUUGAUGAAUGGCUACUCGACAAAGGGCGUCAGCUCACAAUCUUCAAUAGUCAAGCAACCAUAAUAAUUGGCGGGAAAGAGCAGGGCCAGCCCUUCCAGGGCCAGCUCUCUGGGCUUUACUACAAUGGCUUGAAAGUUCUGAAUAUGGCAGCCGAAAACGAUGCCAACAUCGCCAUAGUGGGGAAUGUGAGACUGGUUGGUGAAGUGCCUUCCUCUAUGACAACUGAGUCUACAGCCACUGCCAUGCAGUCAGAGAUGUCCACAUCAAUUAUGGAGACCACCACGACCCUGGCUACUAGCACAGCCAGAAGAGGAAAGCCCCCUACAAAAGAGCCAGUUAGCCAGACCACAGAUGACAUCCUCGUGGCCUCAGCAGAAUGUCCCAGCGAUGACGAGGAUAUUGACCCCUGUGAGCCGAGCUCAGCCAACCCAACCCGGGCAGGUGGGAGAGAGCCAUACCCAGGCUCGGCAGAAGUGAUUCGGGAGUCGAGCAGUACAACAGGCAUGGUCGUUGGGAUCGUCGCUGCUGCCGCCCUCUGCAUCCUCAUCCUCCUCUAUGCCAUGUACAAGUACAGAAACCGAGAUGAAGGCUCCUACCACGUGGACGAGAGUCGAAACUACAUCAGUAACUCGGCACAGUCCAACGGGGCUGUCGUAAAGGAGAAACAACCCAGCAGUGCGAAAAGCGCCAACAAAAAUAAGAAAAACAAAGAUAAAGAGUAUUACGUCUGAUCCCGACAUCUGAGAAGGACACGUGUAUAGAAAUAGUCGUCAUUUUAUCUGAGACAUAAUAUAAACCUAUUUACUUUCCUUUUUACGAAGCACAUACAAGAGAAGACAGGGAAUGCAAUCAGGAAGGAAAGACUGUUUUUAAAAAAAACAAACAAGUAUCUCAUGCUCUUGUUUCUCAAAAAAAGAAAAAAACACAAAAACAGGGGCCAAUCAAUUCCCUAACAUCCACAGUGUUUCCAUUCACUCUGCCUGUCUUUAUGUUGCUGGAACAUUUCUAAAAGACAGUGAUGACCGCACGCAUUCAUAAAGCAAAGGAGUAUUACAACAUCAAGGCACAACACAGAAACAACACAAAACAUAACACUAAAAAGAAGCUACCUACGAUCCUGGAUUUAGCCAAAGUGCUAGUGCUUUCCUGAGAAGAGAGUCCGAUUGCUGGAUAGACUCAACCCUGCAAACCUCAGAGUUUGCCGCCUGGUGCAACUGUAGCAGUGGUGGGAACUUGUUGGAGAUGAAGUGCUGGCUUUUUGGAAGACUUGUGUGGGAACACAUUCAAAAAGCCCCUUUCUGGUUGUUGGGAGGAAAGGAAACAAUUAUGGAGGCCUUAUUUUCAAAAAUGUGAAACAUAAGGCAGAUUUUCACACUAAAAUUUCAAAAUGCUAACAAGAGGGCAUAGAGGCAAUCAUUGGGAAAUUUUCAUGCACGCUUACUAUGUUAUUACAUGUUUAUAUAACAAUCCAUCUCCGUGUGCUUUCUGGACUGUGAUAAGUGAUGUUUUAUAGCCUGUUGUAUAGAAAAACGCAAAAUAUAUCUCUGCUCUUCGGCCAUUUUUGGAAAAUUCAACGUUCUAAGUGUUGCUAAGUAUAGGGAGUUUUAUGACAUCAGAGCAACAAUUAUUUCAGUUGAUUUUUUUUUGCCACCAUUAUAAAUUGCCACAAUUACUUAAUUUUUUAAAGAAUACAGUGUAGUGUUUAUUCUAAGGAAGAUAUGUAUGAAUGUAUAUAAAAAAGACUCAGCUGCUUUUUUUUCAUGUACAGCCUUCAUUCUGUUGCAGUUAAGUUUUAGUAUUUGUAUGGAAGGUGUGAAUUAGAAGGUAAAAUAUAUACAUAUGUAUCUUAUAAUCUUUUCUCCCCCGGAUAUUCAUAUUCGCACAUGCAUUCACCAACCAGUCACACUACACACACACACACACACACACACACACACACGAAUCCAAAAUAAAGAAUGAAGACCCAAAUGUGCAUUUGAUAGUAACCAUUUACUGACAAAUUGAAAAACAGAAAGGAAGAUAGUUGUACCAAGGUAUUGAUGACAAAUGGGGUGAUUUGCUUCACUGAGAUCUUGUUCCCAGGAUGCCCUGAGAAAAUUUUAGUCCCUACUGAAAUGGAACCUUUGCCUACCAAAUAAAAUAUCACUGUAUACUGCUGCAUGAAUAUGAAUUAUUAUGUGAGCAGGUUACAGAAAUUGGUUAAUCUAUACCUUAACUCUGGCUGCUGAAAUUAAAAACUUUGUCUCCAAUAAAGUAAUAUAUACA